AAGUGCAAACCGUUAUAGAACAGUAAACCGUCCCCCAUUGCGGCCUAAAAUCUUGCCCUCUCUCUCUCUCUCCCUCCCUAUUUCUCUGCGAAUCUCCCCAAGUCUUAUCUUCCCCCCUCCUUCUCGUCCUCCAAUUUUCCAUUUCUGAGUCUCAGUUUCUUUCGCCAGUCAACCUCCAUUCUUCUCUCCCUCAAUCGCUAAAUCAUGGGGGUCGUGCAGUUAAGAUACUGAUCACCACAAUAAUGUCCGCGCCACAUUUUUCUCUCUUGUUUCGUGCUUAUUCCCGGAGCCUGUAAGAGAGAGGGCGAGAGAGAGAGAGAGAGAGAGAGACUUGAUAACUACCAAAAACAGGGGAGGGAUCGUUCUCAGUGAGGCAUUCUAACAAACACCUUCAAUGGCCGACGAUCUUCUCUGUCACGAGGACAUCUUCCUCGCUGCCUCCACCCCAUCUCAAGGCGGAGCAGCGGCGGCAGAACCACCGUCCGGCGGCGACGGAGAUGUGUUAACGGAAGUGAGGUCAAAGUACGAAAUCGGGGGCGACGGGGAUGAGGAGUUCGUAAGAUUCUUGGUGGAGAAAGAGACUGCUCAUGGGUACGGAGUCGGUCAAAGUGUGGAUUUCGACGUAUGGGUCAGCGGCGUUCGUACCGAAGCCAUCGAUUGGUUUUUCAAUACGAGAGCUUCACUUGGCCUCCGCUGGAAAACGGCGCAUCUCUCUGUCACUCACUUCGAUCGCUUCUUGUCAAAAUUCGUCAUCGAGCCGCAUCGGAUAUGGGUGGCGCGGCUUCUGCAGUUAGCGUGCUUGUCAUUAGCCGCGAAGAUGGAAGAGACAGAUUCGCCAUCUCUUUCUCUGCCUUCGUAUCAAGUCCAGGGUUGGAGUUUCGGAUACGAAGCAAUCGCGAGAAUGGAGUUCCAAGUGCUGACGAAAUUAGGAUUCAGAUUGAACACUCCAUCGCCUUUCGAUUACAUCCCCUGUUUCCUAAUCAAGGCAGUCGAAGUUUGCCCACCGAUGGAAACCGUGUCGAGGAUUACGAAAUUAAUCUUGGCACUAACAAGGGUUGUAAACUUGAGAAACCAUCGGCCGUCUUCAAUAGCAAUUGCUGCAAUCAUGGCGGCAUUGGAUCAGAACAUGGAAGCAGAUCCACUAAUGGGUCGACUGAAUACAUUCGCUUAUGCGCAUUUGCUCGACAUUGGGAAUGUGGUAGAGUGUUAUGAUCUGAUGAAGAAUCUGGAUAGGGAAGAUAGAGCAGAAAUCCCUGUGGUUUCUCCUGAUGUUUCUCCGGCGAGAUUUGAUGGUUCAUCAUCAUCGGCGGCGGAUUACUUGGGUAAUGUCAAGAGAAGGAGGCUGGAUUUUGAUAGGCCACCUGAUCGUCCCCCGGAUCUACUAUAAACACCUGACAAAUUCUUUUGAUUUGUCUAAAAAUUUGAUUCUUUUUUUUUUUUGUUUUUUUCUUCAUCUCUGGGGAAGAUUUUGAUUCAUAGCUUCUGUAAAUGGGUUUUUUUUUCCUUCAUUACUUGGAUUCAAGUUCACGAGGACAUGAUCCAUAUUGUUGGUGAGAUUGGAAAUUGCCUCGUUAUAAUCAGUAGGAGGCAGUACUUAGAUUGAGAACUCGCAGCAGAGUAUGAAGUAUGCAGGGCAGAGGAGAAGGGAGAAGGCCAGAAGCUCUGUUCUUGUGAACUGUAAAGUGAGGAAGCCAAGUUUGCAGCAACAUUCUUCUUACUCACUGGUUACUACAUUGAGUAGUAGGGUUUUAGUUUGGAAUUAGGUUGUUCUUUUUGGCUUGGGAAAUAACUUUGGAUGGCCAUUUUCUUCUGUUUAAAUGGGUAGCUUUCUUUUUGUUUGAAAGCCCUUUACUUUAGCUGGGGGAUGCUUGGGGAAAGGGUUUCUUUUGUUGUUGGUGUUUGGGAAAGGCUGAUUGCAUUUUGGUAGUGAGAGUUGGGAAAGAAAACACUAGAAAAGAUGACUGGGGAAAGAAAGAAAGAAAUGAAAAGAAAAGAGCUUUCCC